ACUCCACAACAACACCCGUUACUUACAUGCAUACCUAGGUACCUACCUACAUACAUAGUACAGGUACAAUAUACGAGUCGCGACAUUCUUUUUACAAGAUUUCCGCUUAGACUCAACUUCGCGGCGACGCAACAUAAAAUCUAACAUAGAAGUUCACCGAAAAGCGUCGCAUCAAGAUGUCGGGGGCGAAGCAUUGGGAGCAAGAUAAAGAAGCCACCGUCUAUGUGGGCAAUAUCGACGAACGCGCUACCGAUGCUCUGAUAUGGGAGCUGAUGGUCCAAGCCGGUCCAGUAGUCAACGUACACCUCCCCAAAGAUCGCGUGACGCAAUCCCAUCAAGGCUUCGGUUUCGUCGAAUUCAAUGGCGAAGUUGACGCCGACUACGCAGCCAAAAUCAUGAAUGGCAUCCGCUUAUACGGCAAACUACUACGUGUUAAUAAAGCGUCCGCAGACAAGCAGAAGCCCCUGGAGAUCGGCGCUGAGCUCUUCAUCGGUAACCUCGACUCCAUGGUCGACGAGAAGGUUCUCUACGACACUUUCGGUAGAUUUGGCACUCUAAUCGCCCCUCCUAAGAUCGCUCGCGACGACAACGGUUUGAGCAAGGGCUACGGUUUUGUUAGUUAUAGCAGUUUCGAGGCUAGUGACGAUGCUAUCAACAACAUGAACGGCCAAUUCCUCAUGAACAAGGAUAUCAGUGUGCAGUACGCGUACAAGAAGGAUGGUAAAGGCGAGCGCCAUGGAGAUGAGGCCGAACGAAUGCUUGCCGCUCAAGCAAAGAAGCACAACGUUACCAUCGAAAGCCAACCUAUGCCUCCGGCACUCCUUCAGAACCCUACUUCAGCUCCUCCACCUGCAGCAGUCGUUCCUCCGCCAGCCAUGGCUACCGGUGGAUUCGACCCUUCCAUGGCCGCCGGCAUCCCCCCUCCGAGACCACCAGUUGGAUUUGCUCCUCCCUCUCAUCGUGGCCCUCCUCCGCCAUUUGGUAUUAAUGGUGCGCCCCCGCCACCAGGGGCUGGAAGACCUAAUGUUCUACCACCCGCUCCGUCAGGACUACCCGCUCGCCCCCCGCCCUCGCAAGCUGGAUAUGGCAGUCCGGCAGACUUCCAUCCCGGCGGAUUCCGGAUGCCCCCUCCGGGCUUUGGUCCUCCCCCUGGCGGCGUACCACCGCCACCUCCCGGAUUUGCUUCUGCCCCUGGGUUUAUUCCUACUGAAGGUCAAAAUCCGGGCUACGGCCGGUGAAGCACGAGGUUAGGGCCCUCUUAGAUCUGCCCGAGAAUGGAACAUGGGUCUUGUUCCGUCACCGUUUAGCGAUAUGUUGCGCAUAAUCAUAAUCGGAGCUCUCUAUUUCAUUGUAAAAAGCCCGCCCAGUAAGUAAAGACAUUAAGGAAGCUCCCUUCGGAGGCCUCCGGGCAGCAUUACGGCGAGUUUUUCGUCUUCCUCUGUACUAAAGAGAUAUAAUUGCAUUAUCCGUUGGUUAGUGCGCACGAGCAGACGGUGAUAAUAGAAACACAG